AUGGCAUCCAAAUCAAUCUCAAUGCCAACCGCCACUAGCGGAAACCUUGGAACGGACUUGAAGACUUCCACCGAAACUUCGAAACCCAAGCCAUGCUGCGUGUGUAAGGAGGAGAAGGCUACUCGCGACGAGUGUAUGCUGUUCAGCAACGCGAAGGAUCCCCAGAAAGAUUGCGCCUCCACGAUCGACAAGUACAAGAGUUGUAUGGCGGGCUUUGGAUUCCAACUUCCUUAA